UUUUGCAGCGCUGCCGCUGCCACUGCCACUUCUUGGAAGGAACCAGUUUCUUUUGCUUCGACAUCAGGUUUUAGAUUUUAUAGUAUUCAGUUAUAUUUUGAACGUCGAAGUGGAAGUGGUUGUUGAAACUUAAGAGAAGUGUGAAAUUUUGUGUUUAAAGAUAAAUUGAAAAUUACUUAUUUUCGAAAUGGAUUGCGGAACAUCGAUGGUGAAAUAUAUUUUAUUCCUCUUCAACACAUUAUGUUCGAUAUGUGGAAUUCUAUUGGUUAUUUUUGGAUCACUGUUACUAAAUGAUAUUUCGCUCCACAAAAACCUUAAAGAUACUGUUGCUGCCCAACAGAUUCCCGUAGCACUUAUAGCUAUUGGGUCAGUUAUUCUCUUGGUUUCAUUCUUCGGAUGCUGCGGAGCUAUAAGGGAAUCAUAUUGCAUGUCCAUGAUAUACUCGGUUUCCCUUCUAAUUUUGCUUAUCGUGCAAAUUGUUGCCUUUGUCUUUUUCUGGAUAAAUAAACAACAAUUUGUAAAUUCAAUGGGCAAGAUCGUUGACAAGGCAUGGGAAGAGCGCACAUAUGAAGCUGACUUUAUGGAUGCCAUUCAAGUUGGAUUAAAAUGCUGCGGUAAAAAUGGUCCAAUUGAUUAUGUAACAACACUAUCGCUGCCACGAACAUGCUGUGAAAACACUGACUGCUCGAAUCCAUUGAAUACUUAUAUUUCAGGUUGCAGAUCUAAAAUGACUGAGUUAUGGUCAGAAAAGAGUGAAAUUAUUAAGAUUGCUGGAUUAGUAAUUGUAGGAGUUGAGCUUGUUGGUUUUAUAUUUGGCUGCUGUCUGGCCAACAACAUUCGCAACUAUAAACGCAGGGCGGCCUACUAAAUGAUAAUAUCAUGAACUUUUGUACAAAAUGCUAGAAGCAUUCCAAAUUAAAUAAACACAACUACAAAAAAAAAGAAGCAACCGAAAUGAUUGUUUAACGAUGCGAAUACGAUUCGAAUUGUUCAUAAUCGUGUAUACAACAACAUUUUCUCAUUCAUUUAUAAGAUUUUUGAUACAUUUUUUCUUGAAAAAUAAAAAUUCAAACAAUAAACUUUAUUAAACAAUAAAUUUUUAUAUAUUAUGUAUGAUAAGUUAUUACGAUAAUAUAUAUUUACAAUGUUAUUAAAAUAAUAUAUGUAUAUGAAUUUAAUAAGUACACUCCGAUAAA